AUGGGUGUAGCCCCAUCGUCGCUGCGCGCCCAAGGCGACCUGCGCCGCGUACUCCGGGACUGGGACGUCCUCGAUGUCCACGUCGUCCUGAAGAAGUACCGCCACAUGACCCUGCGCUACUGCGUGACCAUGGAACAGCUUGGCUUUGUCCUCGGGCGCGCGCUCCCCGAUGCGUUCGUCUCGCUCUGCUUUCGCGUCUUUGCGCCCGCCAAGGUCCGCGCGUCGCCCGCCGUGCCCGUCGUCGACAUGAUGGAGAUCUUUGUGAGCUUGAUCCUGCUCUGCCAGGCCACGAUGGCGCAGCGGGUGGCCUUCUUGUUCGACGUCGUCGACACCCAGAGCACGGGUCGACUCUCGCCGCCCAGCCUCUCUUUGCUGCUCCAGGCUGCCGCCCGCAGCGUUGUCAAGUUGACACAAACAAACGUCGUUGUCGCCAACGUAUUCGACAACCUGGUGCAGUCGGGGAUGGCGACCGACCCAAGCCGACUAGACAGCGUCGACAAGGCGACGUUUUGCUCCUGGGUUCUCGGGCAUCCAAGUCUCCUCAGCUACCUUGAGGCGUGCACGGGCGAAGCGCGCCCGCGGCUCUAUGUCGCGCUGGAAAAGUCAUCGUCGGUCCUUGGCUACAUUGAGUUUGACUCGGUGCACGAAUUGCACUCUGCCUCAUUGGACCGCGUCCGGGCCAUGGCCACCGAGCAGCUCGGCCAUCUCGAUGCUGCGUUCGAGUUUCUCAGCCACGGUCGACCGAUGGCGCGGGCCAAGGAAGGCGACGUGAAAGCAUGGGACCUCAUACCGUUCGCGAUCCUCGGAACGCCUGGCCACCACUGGCAGCAGAAAGAACUUGCGUACAGCUUCGAGGCACAGCGAACGCCAGUAGAGCGCGCAAGCGACCCGCACCCGAACCAACAGCGUCCACUGCUCGCGUUUCAGUUUCAGCACCACCACUACACACUACCAUCGUUCACCAAGAAGGUUCAUGACGUCGCACCACUGUACAAGCAUCUGCGCUUGCGGUUGCAUGCGCCCGACGUCUACGUGUGGCGACUGUGUCAGUACUGGUGCGGCGACUGGCUCUUGAACCAAAGCGCGCUGCAGGCACCAUCGCGCCGCCAGCUCGUGUCUCGGCUGCGCAAGGAAACCAAGCCCCUCCUCAUGCAUGGUGGCGCGGCAGGUCUCGUCGUUAAAGACACCCAAGGACACAUUCUCUCGCACAACCCCAAGCUACCAAGUCUGCAGUCCAAGCUGCGGCUUUUGGCGAUGGAGACGCAGCUCGACACCGAGGCGUCGCUGGCGUCGCACGAUCCACCGACGAUGCUCAUUGAGCGCCAUGCGCACCCGUCUCGGUACUACUCACGCCUCCUGGGCACGGUGCGGACAACCGCCUCCACCGGCGAAUGGCACGUCGUCACGGGCCACGCUGUGCACGGCGACUGGUGCAAGAAAAGCUCGUCGAUUCCGCUGCCGUCGGACCACAUCCAAGUGUUUCCGUUGCUCUGGCUGCGGCCAGAGACGUCGCCAUCGGUGCCCCGGGUCCUCGACCUUGCGCUUUCGGCCAAGGAGUGUCCGAUUGAGCUUCUGCGCGUCCUUCUGCCGACACUGCCCGACAAGCGCGUGCUGAACCAACCCGACUGCAUGGGCCGAACGCUACUGCACUACGCUUCGCUCUUUGGGCACGCAACGCUCCUGGACCUUCUCUUGGGCGAGCGUGUGCUUGUCGAUGUGCUCGACAGCCAGCGCAACACGGCCCUCCACUUGGCCGCGCGCUACGGGCGGCUCAAGGCCGUGAGCCGGCUCCUCGCCCACGGCGCAUCCACAACGUCGCUCAACGUGCAGCACCAGCUUCCGCUGCACCUCGCGCUGCUUCAUGUGGCGACGCAGUACGACAUCGCCAACGGCAUUUUCGCCCGGUACGAGAACGCUGAGCAAGUUGUCGAUUUGUUGUGGGACCGGACGCCGCCGGUGUGGUGGCAUGCACAGGACAUCUACGGACACUCGGUGUUCGCGAUGGAGGAGCGCGUCUUUGGCUCGGUCUUUGAAGCCGCGCGCGCCGGCCUUGUGCCAAGAAUCCAGCAUUUGCUCGAGAGCAAGAAGAUCCCGCACUUGAACGUGCAACUGGAGAUCCUGCAGUCGACCGCGCUCGUCGAAGCGGCCGAGCGCGGCCGCUACAACGUCGUCGACUACCUCGUGCGGCAGGGCGCCGACGUGUUCAUCGCCAACCAGCGGGGCGCGACGGCGCUACAUAUUGCGGCGGCCCGCGGGUUUGACCGGAUCGCCGAGUGCCUACUCUUCAAGUACCCGCAACUUAUUGGCGUGACCGACGUCAACGGCAAGACCGCGCUGCACGUGGCGAUUGAGCACGAGAAGACGUCGAUCGCACUCCUCCUUUGUCAGUACAUGCUCGGCCACGAGCAUUAUACGCGAGACAUCUUUGGGAUGACGCCCUUGCACGUCGCUUGCGUGCUUGGCAACGUCGCAGUCGCGCGCGCGCUCUUGAUCAAGCACGCGGUCGAGACUCGCUCGCACCCGCCGCUUGCCCACAAAUGCUUCGACGACACUAUCCCGACACCGAUCGAGAGGCUCUUGCACGGAUGGAAGGUCGCGACGUUUGAUGUCGACGCAGCGAUCCUGGCGGCGACGCACCACCGGUACUGGGACCUCUUGACCCUUCUCUUGGAGAGUCUCGACGAAAAUAAAGAGUCGACGCCGGUGCUUUUGGCCCAUCUCGUACUCCAGCAACUCGCCCAUGCGCCGUCCAUGGCGGUGCGCGCCCUCGAGCUCCUCGGCCAGCGCAAGCGCUUGGCGCUUGAAACUAUCGACGAGGCCGGCAACACGCUGCUCAUGGCCGAGGUGACACGGUGCUGCAAGGAGCCACCGUCGUCGUCGUCGCUCGCGGUGGUCCGCACUCUCCUCGCGUACGGUGCCAACGUCCACCUUGCCAACGCGUUGCAUCAACGCCCGAUCCCGUGUGCAGCGUUCCACGGCCACGACGAGCUGCUCGAUGUGCUCCUCGACGGCGUCCCGUUCGACACGCUGCACGCUAGCUGCGCGACCGCCGACUCGGCCCUGCACAUGGCCUGUCUCCGCGGCCACCUCAGCACGGUGCAGCUGCUGCUAUCGCGCGGCGCGACGCUGCAUGCGUGCGUCACGGACGAGUCGCCGCUGUGCUUUGCCGUGCGGUCGGGCUCGACCGAGCUCGUGAAAUUCUUGCUGGUGCACGGUGCGGAUGUCAACCUCUGGCUGCCACUGCCGCCGACCCGACAGUGGUUUGGGAUGUCGUGGACGUCGCCAGCGGUGGGCCACGGCGGGCCGCUGGCGCUGGUUCUGCACACCGCCCCGGCCUCGUUCCAGGAACACACAUACGACGAGCCCAUGUCCGAUAGCCUUGCCGCCGCCAUGUACACCACGCGCCAUGAGCUUGCCACGCGGCGCCAGUGGCAGACGUUGUACGACAUGGCGCUGCUGCUCACCGACAAUCUUAUCCAGAUCGACCCGACGCUCAAGCUGCACGUGACCGCGGACGAGAUCACGCGCGCGUGUGUGGUAGGCUUUUGGGCGGUCGCGAUCCGCCUCUUGACGCACCGCCGCAUCGAGUUUCCUCGUGCCAACGUUCCCGACAAGACUCUGGGUGCAAUGCAUCUCGCCGCCGCCGCGGGCCAAGCCAGUUUAAUUGGUCUCUUGACCUCCAAUGGCGUCGACGUCGACGGCCUCGUGGUCCGCAGUCGCUGCGUCCACGCCGCGCCUCUCUACUUUGCCCUUGUGCGCGGGCAGCACAUGACAGCCGCCAAACUGUACCUUCUCGGCGCGUCGACGACCACCGUGUCUCGGACAACACAGGUGCAUCCGAUGCAAUCGCACACCAAUGGCUGGAUGAAACGGACGCCGCUUCGAUCCCCGUCACUGCGUGCAUGUGCGGGGGCCUACACCAACAUGGUACACCACCUCCGCUUGAGCCUCGCGUCAAGUGUGCCUGUCGUGCACAUGGCCUGUCAACGCGGGUGUCUACCGCUGCUGCAAGUGUACCACCGCGCCGGGCUCUCGCUGCAAGACGUUGCUGCGUCGGGGCACACGCCGCUCACGUUGGCGAUUCAACACGAGCAGCUCGACAUUGUGGCGUGGCUCGUCGCCACCGUGCCGUCGCUGGCGGGCCUGCGCGCGCCACACCUUGCGCUGGCGACCGCCGCGCGUCUGCCGCGAACGUACCUCGGGAAAACGCCGCUUCUCCUGCUCUUGCUGCAGCCGAUGCCACACGAGACGAGUGACGAACGCCUGGCGCGGCUCGCCGCUCUCGACAGCGGCGGGUGCACGGCACUCGACCACGCAGCACUCGCCAGCGACGACGAUGCGAUUCGCUUGCUGCUCCCACACUGCCCACCGACAAUCACGACCAUCCUUGCGGCGCUGCAAGGCGGCGAGCCGCGUCCAGUGGUGCAGACCCUGCUGCCGUCGUGGUCGGCGCUCCGGGGCGCCACCUUUGACCAUCUUUUGCAAGCGUUUAUUUUGGCAUCGUCGCGCGAAAUGUGGGACGUCGUGUCGCACUGCUUGCUACUACCAGAGGCCAGUGUCGAGCCAUACGCAACGUGGAUCCGCCGGGCCGCGACCUGCAGCCUCGUGCUCCACCGGGCCGCCGCCGCCAACCAAGUUGCGGUCGUUCAGAAGCUCGUGCAUGGCUUUGGCGUCCCGCCGGACCUUGUCGUGGCCAACAUGCCGUCGCGAACACCGAUUUGGUACGCCGGUGCACACAUGGCGCUGGACGCGUUUAUAGCACUGGUUUUGGCGUUGCCGCCAACGCAGUCGGUGCUCCCGGCCCUCGUGCAGCGGGGCACCGGGGCGCCGGCUACCCACGGACGCUGUCGACCGAUACGGCCAAAUGUCCAGCAGCUCCAAGCGCGCGCCCGUUCGCUCAACGCCUUUGUCUGGCCGUCGCACUCGGUCGACGCCACGGACGCGCUCCGGGUCGCAGGAUUUCAAACGUGUACAUGGCGCAACCUCUCGGCGUUCUCCAGCUAUGGCACGAGUGCACUCGAGCACCAACGAACCAUCCACCGCAUUGUCCAGUGUUACGUCCGGCAUGCACUGGCGCACCCGAACCACGAGACUAACGACACGCUGCUUCACCUUGUGGUGGCGGCCCGAGACGAAACGACGGUCUCGGUACUCGUCGCCGCCGGGGCGCCCCUGGAUACCGUCAACAAUGCGGGCGAGAGCCCGUGGACGCUGGCGGCCAAGCAAAACGACUCCUCAAGCACGCGCAUCGUUCAGUACAUAUGGCCUCGCCUCGCCUCAAUGCAGAAAGAAGCCGUUGUCAAGGCCGCGACUCAAAGUGCGAAUAUCAAUGUAUCAACGCUGGCCUUUCUCUUUCAAGUUGCCGUCCCCAAGGAGCCCAUUCCCGUGCACUUUAUCAGUUUUGCCGGCCACAGCUACUACACCGCAGCCAUUCGCACCAAUAACGCGGCUGCGAUCCAGCUUCUUUUAGCCGUCAAGGCCCCCAUGGACCAUCGCGAGGUGUGGCUGACGCUUCAGAGCGCCAUGAAAAACUGGAAGCAAGCGAGUCGGGCCAUGGUCGAAGUUCUCUUGCCCCAGCUGCCGCUGUCGACGCCCGUGGACCUUGUCGCGAGCUUGGUUCUCUUCGCCGCUCAAGCUCAGUGGUACAACAUUGUCCUGCACCUGUUGCAAGCCUUUCAGCUGCCGUUGUUGCGCCAACUGGACACGACGACGGCGAGUGCUGGCAGCUCGCUACUGCACUACGCUGUGCGGCACGGUCAAGCCACGGUGGUCCAGCGACUCUUGCAGCAAGGGACCGGGCUCGUCCACGACAAGCAGGGACAGACGCCGCUGCACCUUCUCGCGCAACUUGGCGAUCUCGGUUUGCUGCAGCUCUGGCAACGAGUCGCCCCGACGCAGCUCCAGUCGAUCUUGGAUGCGGCAGAUCGGGAUGGCAACACGGCGCUUCAUAUUGCAGCCAAGCGGGGGCACGUGGCCAUCGUCGAAGCUCUGCAACACGCCGGAUCGUCGGCGGGUAAUCUCCGGAACGCCCGAGGCUGGACGCCGGUCUUGGAAGCUGCCAAGGGCAACCACUUGCCGGUCGUCGUGCGUCUCGUCUUGCAGCAGCCGCCACCCGAGACGCUGGUCGCGACCGAUGGCAUCUCCAUCGUCCUGAUUGCAGCCGAAGGCGGGCACUUCAAGGUCGUGGCCUGGCUCCUCACGACGCUCAAUCUCUCAGCCGCUCACAUUCAGCAGCUGCGCUCAUCGGACGGACGGACCCUCGUGCAUUUCGCCGCUCUUUCCAACGCGCUGGAAAUCUUGUCGACGACUCCCGCGUGCAUCUCGCUUGUCAACGUCGCCGACAGCCAUGGCUGUCUCCCGCUGCAUUAUGCGCUCAUGCUAGGGCAUCUCGACGUCGUUGCUUUCUUUGGGCAGCACGGCGCCGACGUCUCGAGCCCGAUUCAAAACCGCCUCGUGGAGGAGCCCCUUCUGAUUGCGACGCUCUUGGCUUGGAACCCGCUGCCCGGUUGGUUCUGCGCCGCGCUUCACGCCAACGCGGUGGCCCCCGCCGCAGAAACGGCGCUGCCUCGUGCGGCACCAGCCUCGUUGGCACUCUGGGUGACGCCCAAGACAUCGCUUCUGGAAGCAGCGACGCGCCUCGGCCUCGAGACAACGGUUGCCACCGUCUUGCGACUCCUUCGAUUCAUUCCGCUGCUCUGUGACGGCGGUCUCGAGACGCGCCAGCGCAUCUUCAUGCAGGCCGUGGCGCUCAACCACGUGUCGAUCGUCGACGCUCUCUGCAACUGCGACCUCGUGCACCCUGUGGACAAGACACCGUUCUUCCGGGACUUUAUUGAGGCCGCGAUCCAGCACAGUGCGCUACGGGGCCUCGAGGAUAUGACACUCUGUCUUCUCCGCAACUGGGAGCGUUUCGGGUCGUCCGGAUCCAUCGCAGCCGCGCGCUUGUCCCCGGCCGAAUUUGCGUUUCAAUUUGCGACCGUACUCCAGCAAGCGUGUAUUUUCGGCCGACCAAAGCUCGUCGAGUACCUCGUGCUCAAAGGCGGCGAGUCCAUCCUCGGAUACCGCGUCGACGAAGGGCCCGCGCUCGUGUACGCCUUUGCUUUCGGCCAACGCGAGGUGAUUGCGCUCUUGCAGCGGUACGGCGCCGAGAUCAGUGCGCUCGACGGGUACAUUGCCCCGUCGCUCAAGCUCUGGGUCGAGUACGACGAAAACCCUCUUCUCCAGAACGAGUGGCACGACCGUAUCAGUGGCGUCCACACAGCAAGGUCCAACAAGCCUCGGCGACCGUUCGCGGGGCCGUUGGAAGUCUACGCCGUGGACGCCGAACGACUGCCGCUGAGCAUGCUCCAAGAUGGGUUCCGACCUCAAACGACUUGAAUGCAUAGUUUGACAUGGUA